AUGAUCAGGCUAAAGCUAGCAACUUUGCUGGUUUUGAUCGUGAUCACAACAACAACUAUAAUCAUAGCCGAUGGAGGGAACGAAUGUCCAGGAGAUGUGACAACUGAAGUUUGCCGAAACGGAAAGCGUCUUCUUAUAACCAAGAGUAGCACCCGAAAUACCGAUGGGAUCUGUGAAAAAUCCUUCAGCGAACAAGAACUACCAGAUCAAGUGUGUCCACUUCCAACCCUUCUCAAAGCCUCACCUUGUUCACCCGAAGGUAAAAUGACAGAGGUCUACGAAGUUUACGAAAAACGCGACUGCAAAUGCGAGAAGUUGAUCAGGAGCCUUCAGAAAGCUUGUCCAUGUAAACCUUGCGAGACAAUCCGAGGUGGCUGUGAUCCAAAAACAAAAACCGAAGAAAUUGUGGAAAUCUGCUACCGCCACGUGGGCGAUGAUAGACGUUGUGAAGCUGUUCGAGAAGUCAAAUAUGUGCCUUGCGGUGAUUGUCCGGACAAAUUUGAGAGAAAAGAGCUACCGUGUGAUUACUGCAAGGGCAGAAGGGAAGUGGUGCUUGUAAAGCAAUUCCGGGAGGAGGAAGGCCAAAGGAGAUGCCUUGUUCUCGAGGAGAGGACGAAUGAACCAUGCGAAUGCAAACAAGGAAGUUCAACAAUGACUGUAUGCGUCGACAACAAUUCCCUUAUGCGAAGAAUGCAGCAUACACGUCAAAUUUCCUGCGACAAGUGUGAAACUAAAUCAGUUGAUGUACUGGAGAAGGAAAUAAAUUGUCGUGGUGAGGCUAGAAUCAAUAAGCAAUGUAUUCAAGAUCCAGCAACUGGAAUUGGCCACCGAGAGAUCCACAUUGUCAGCGAACUACCAGUAAAUUGUACAUGUUCGAGAUCCGUUCGAGUGACGAAAGAAAUUUGUGAUUGUCCAAAAGGAGUAAAGAAAGAGACUGUUUGUAAUGGUCAUACAAACAAAAUGAUUGUGAAAACGCUACGCUAUCGUCUCCAAAAGGGACGUUGUAUUCCAAUUGUUCAGCUUAAACAGCUUCCACCACAAAACUGUCCCCCAGAAAAUGAAACUAUGGUGGAUACAAGAAGUGAUAUUGAAGAAAUGUGUGAUCCGCAGAGUUGCCAGCGAUAUCUUCUUAAUCGUGAAUGGCAGUUGGAUGGUUGUGAGUGUCGAAAGGUGGAAAAUAAGAUUGCAGCGGGAAAAUGCUGCUGUCCAAAAGCAGAAAUCAAGGCUUCCCCUUGUGUUGGAAAUCAACGAUCAAUUCAGAAGUUCACUUACAGUCUGGUAAAUGGACAGUGUUUGCAACACAUCGCGAACAAAGUGGAGGCUUGUAGAAGUGACUUGUAUGAUUCAACUCGUGUUUACUGCGAUGAAGUUUUGGGAGCAAAGGUCUACGAGACUGCCACGUACCGACGAUUGGCCGAUGGAACACUAGAAACUAUCCAGAAAAGAACGAUCCCUGUUGUUUGCAAUGAAACUUACAUUGAGGGUACUGGCGAAUGCAAAUCGGAUCCUUCUACCGGUCUGAUGGUUCGAACAGCAGUAAUUAUGAGUAGUGACCGGGAGAGAGGCUGUGAUUGCUCCCCUCCAAAAGCUCGGAUAAUCAGCACUGCCUGCGAAUGCAUCGAUAUUGAGACUGGGGAAGUAAAACGACUGAAAACUGGAGGGUUCAAGGAGGAAGUUCCAUGCUCUCCUGAAUGCACGGCACAAAGCGAACUCUGUGGAAGUCAGGCUUGCAAGCAUAAGACUCGAUGGUAUCGGCUAGUGCAUUUAAAGGGAUCUGAUAGUGGAGGAGAAACUAUUCCUAAAUGCCAAAGAGAGUUAAUCAGGGAAAUUACUUCAGAUUGCUGUUGUCCACCCGACUCUGAAACCACUCGUACUUGUGAUGCAAACGGUGGAAGCGUUAAGUGGCAACUCAGUCAAACCAAAUACUUAUUGGAAGGAGGUCAGUGUACACCCCAUGAAAUCCUCUGGCAAGAACCAAUAAACUGCACUGAAGGUCUUGUCGAUCAGAGGCGAGGUCCAAAACUUCCAAAUGGACUUCAAGAGGUCCGACUGGUUUUCGAGACCCUUGUUGGAUGCAAGUGCAUUCAGGGGGUUAAAAAUCUUCAAUGCCCAUGGCGCUGUCCUGAAUCGACCCAGCAUGUAUAUUGUGAUAUGGCGAUGGGCGGGGAGUCAGUCUUAGAGACUACACGAUACAAUCUUAUCGGGUGUACUUGUCAAAAGCAAGUUCAUAGAAAACGAAGCAAAAUCACGUGUCCCACCUAUUCCGAAGUUGUUUCUCGAAACUGUUCCACUAGCACCGGAGAACAAACAAUAAUUAAGAAGAAAAUGAUUCAAGAUGGAUGCUCCUGCAAAGUGGUAAAUGAAGUUUCGCAUGAACGUUGCGGAUGUCCACCUGAUCGCAGAGGUGUAUCUGUCUGCAAUCCACUGACUAAUGAAGUUGAAAUACAAAUUAUUAAAUCACUUCUUCUUGAUGGAAAAUGUGAAGAGGUCGUCGAGAUUGAAAAACAACCGACCCAAUGUGCCAAUAAAGAGGUGUUAAAACAACCGUAUAUGCGUUGUAAUAAACAGACCCGACAAGGUGAACUUGUAAGGUCUGUGUGGCGUCCACAUGACUGUAAAUGUGUUCAAGAGGAAGAGGUUUUGAAACGGGGUCAAUGCGAAUGCGGCGCUCCAACUAGACAUACAGAUUGCGAUUCGGAUCGAGGAAUGAAAAUCCACCACGUUACAUCCUACAAACUAGACGAAGGUUCACUGGACUGUGUGGCUAAUACCACAAUUGAAGAAGAACCCUUCUCUUGUCCCAAAACGGAGACCAUUUAUACUCCAUGUGAUCCCACAAAAGGCGAGAGGAAAAUAAUCACUGUGAUGUAUUUGCCAGACAAUUGUAUGUGCAAACGGCAAGAAGAGGAGCGUAUUGUUUCAUGCCACUGUCCACAUAAUAAAAUUGUAUUCAGUGAACCUGUCUGCAAUGCUAUAAGGCAGGAAUUAUCAAUGGAAGGCAAAGUUCAGGAGUGGCGGGAUGAUCUUAACAAGUGUGUGGAUGUUGUUCAUCAUUUGACCUAUCCUCAUGUUUGCAAUCCAAGGGUGCAGUUCGUUACUUCACCUUGCAAGAACGGCACAAUGGAGGUUAAGAAGAUCACCCAAGAGAGUGACCCAAAUGGCUGCAAAUGCAUUAAAAAUACAACAAUCAGCCAAGUUGAUUGUCGAUGCCCGCCAAAGAAGCUAACUCUUGGGAACUGCGAUUCAGGCGAGGAGACACAAACUGUAGCAUAUCUAGAGAGAGACUGGGAUCUGAAACGUGGGAAGUGCAUAUUUACCAAUCGAUACGAGGAGAAGCUUGUUUGUUACUGUCCAACUGCCACAGAACAGACAUCUUGCGUUAAUGGAAUGAUGGAAACCAGACGAAUUCGCCACGAACCUUACAAAGAUCGCCUGGGCUGUAAACGCGUGACGGAGGUUCAGCGUUGGGCACCAACUUGCUUAUCCAAUAACAAGCUAGAAGAGUUUGGACAGUGUGAUCCUACAACUUGUCGACGACGUCUUAGUAUCUACACUCAGGUUUACAAUGCUUCAACUUGUGGUUGUGACAGGAAACUCAAGGAGAUAAAGGAAUGCUCGUGCUGUGGCUGCCCAGAGAAAAAGAUUUCGCUUAGCUGCCAUAAUGGCACUGGUUGGAUUGUCCGAUCAGACUAUUAUGUCCCGAGGGUCAACGGGUGUGGACAUACCUGCCAAAAACGAACGACGAUGACUCAUCAACCGAUACAAUGCACCUUAUCAGCAAGUGAGGCAGAACCCGGGUGGUCUGAAUGUGAUAGGUCGACGUGCUUGCAAGAACUAUUCUCUUUCGAAUUUUCACCAGUUAAUUGCAAAUGCGAAAGGAGAAGACGAAUUCUUCGAACCAGACCGUGUUGCUGUAACAAGAAACCAGAAGAAAGUGAGCGUUGCCACAAUGGAACCCUACUUCGAGUCCUGAAAACAUUUAAUUUGGUCAAUCAACGGUGCAAAGAGGACAUUCGGUAUCUGGCUAAACAAUCAGGCAAGAAUUAUUUUAAUUAUCGUGUUCGGCUUAUCAUAUGA